AUGCAGGAACUGGAACGACCAAACGUACUACAACGGCAGAUACAGCAGCAGGCUCUGCAAGAACAGAUACAAGAAGAGAAUUCCCAACAACUAGAACAGGCACGCUUGGAACUACUACAGCGAGCGCAACAACAACGAGAGCAUUAUGAACUAUCGCCACAGGUGGUGGAGCAACAGGCCCAACCUCAUAUAGGACCUAUUCGACACAACCGAAAUGACAGCAGCAUAUCGUCUCGUAGAACUAGAGCUUCACCCUAUCUUGUUCCCCAGUCAACAGGCAAUAGAGGUCCAAUUAUGCUAGCCCGGUCCAGGUAUAGGAGGCAGGCGCAACAGCAACAGACCUAUCAACCACCACAAAUGAUACAAUUGAUAUACCCGUCACUACAUAAUGGGUAUUUGCGCCAAUCGAGACGUGCUCAAUACUUGCAGGCGCAGCAGCAGCAGGCCCAAGAAACAGACGCGGCAGCAACAGGCGCAGACACAGGCGUAGCAGACACAGGCGCAGCAGCAACAGACCCAGCAGUUGCAGCGAAUCCACCAGCAAAUGAUACAGGAGGCUCACCGUGGUUCUACCCAAAUCAACAAAGACAACAACAACGGGGACGACAUUGA